AUGGAAAUGUUUCAUGUCAAACCAAGAUGGCUCUUUCUCAAAGUAAUCACAUGCGAUGACGGGACAAUAGGUUGGGGCGAACCAGUGGUGGAAGGAAGAGCUCAAACGGUUGAAGCUGCUGUAAAAGAAAUUGCUCGAUAUUUGAUUGGUCAGGAUCCACGAGAUAUUGAAAAACAUUGGCAAACCAUCUAUCGAGGCAGUUUCUAUCGUCUCAAUGUUCCCGUGUGGCGUUUGCUCGGUGGAAAGGUGCGCGAUCGAAUUCGUAUGUAUGGAUGGUUACCAUUUGAACCUACAGGUGACUACAAUGACUUGAAUGCAAAGAGCAUCAACGAAAAUCCGGAAGGAUUUACCGCGUAUAAAACAUGCCCCUUUGCAGCAAUGCAAAUGGUUGAACAGCCACAUGUAUUACAUGCUAUUCGAGAUAAUAUUAUCCUUCUUCGGGAUAAGAUCGAUAAGCGAAUAGAUGUUGCGCUCGAUUUUCAUGGACGAAGCACGCCAGCCAUGUCUCGUCGUAUAAUUCACAUGAUUGAAAAUGUUGAUAUUAUGUUUAUCGGUCAUGACUACUUGAAAGUCCCGUUUCAGGUCAAGGAAGGCUAUGUGGAUGUACCUCAUCUGCCUGGACUUGGAAUUGAGGUAGAUGAGGAGAAAGUGCGAGCAGGAAUAUUUGCAGGCGAUUGGGGUAUACCUCAGCUCCGACUGAAAGAUGGCAGCUUUGUCGAAUGGUAA